AUGAGCCUGACACUGUGCUUCCUAACACUUCGCCACAAGAGACCAAAGGCGCGCUACAUCAUCUGGCCCCUCAUUGACCAGAAGUCCUGCUUCAAUGCCAUGAUCACUGCAGGCAUAGCAAAGAGAUCAGCAGAAUGUAUCCAGGAAAAAGGGGCAAUCCAUGCCAUCUUUGAGAAGUGCAACAACCACUACACAUGGAAGAAGGUCACCACCACCGUGCACAACAUCAUAGUCGGCAAACUGUGGAUCGACCAGUCUGGAGACAUUGAUGUGGUAAAUCAAGAGACUGGAGAUCGCUGCCAUUUGAAGUUUGCUCCUUACAGCUACUUCUCUAGAGAUGUGGCCAGGAAGGUGAUGGAUAAGGAUGGGAAGGCGCACUAUGUGCUGCCAGGGACCUGGGAUGAGAAGAUGGAGUUCUCCAGGGUCAUGCAGAGCAGCAAGGGAGAGAAUGGCACUGAGGGCCAACAGAAGACUGUCUACCAGACGCUCAAGGCCAGGGAGCUGUGGUGGAAAAACCCUCUACUCAAGGGAGCAGAGACGAUGUACUUCUUCACCAACCUGGCAUUGACGCUGAACGAGCCUGAGGAAGGCGUGGCGCCCACGGACAGCCGUCGACGACCCGACCAGAGGCUUAGGGAGGUGGGCCAGUGGGACGAGGCCAACGCAGAGAAACAGAGGCUGGAGGAGAAGCAGCAUAGUGUCCGCCGUGAGAGGGAACGGGAGGCCGCCAGCCAGCGUACAGCCAGCGAGUCAGAGGAAGCUGUCGAUGAGGACUAUUUUACUGACCCUUCUCUGAAAAGCACUCGCCAAUAUAACUACACAGCGCAGUGGUUUAAACGCUGCGACGACCCCACCACAGGUGAAUCCACUCACAUAAGGGAGGCUACUGGGAGGCUAAGGAGAAAGGCAGCUGAGAGUCCUGUCCCGAAAUAUACUGACCUCUUAAUGGCUGUCUUUGACUAGAAAGUUUCCCAGGACGUAACCUACUUCAUUGGACCCUACCAAUGAACAGCUACACUCCUCCCAUUGUGUGGAUUUUUCACUCCACUGGCUCUCUGUUCUAAGAGAUCGAGAUGCUGCAGUCUGAUCCAAUGGGUGAACGGGGUAUUCCUAAGACUUGGUUGCAUUUUAGUCCCUAGCCCCUCUUUCCUCAGAUUCUACCCCGUCAGUGUUCACAGAUCUGAAGGGUAUCCUAGGUGAAGGCAAUUUGGCAGAAACCUCACUCCUAUAAGAGGGCUAGGUGGAGCCUUCAUCACACUGUGUACUCCUUCACAUUUGCAAAAAGUCAUAGGGUGUGAGGAAAAGGGACAUGAAAUGAAACUGGGCAUAAGUUUUGAAUAAAAGUAAUCUCUCUCCUCUGUCUUUGGCAUUAGUGGCGUGGGCCCAGAGCAGAUGAGGUUAGAUAACAGUUACACCUCUACCUACCAUAUUGUGCCGAUAGCGCUCUCUGUGAAGCUAUAUACUAAUGUUCCUCUCUUCAUCAAGAGCCUUGUGGUUGGGGGUAAACUUUUUUUUAUUAAAUGGAAUGAAACUCUGUUAAUAUAAUUAGUCAUUGAAACAGUGAUUGGUGGCCUUCAAGAAGUUGGAGAAGGUUUCUCAUUUUUUAUUUUCUGUUGAUUAGUGUAUUUAACAGAUGAACUAAAGGUUUUGGGGUGUCUGCUAGUAUGAUUGUAUUUGUUCAUCCAUUGGAAGCUUUAUGAAACGCAUCGUUGUGCAGUACUCCCAUCAUGCAGUAUCAACCGAUCAAUAGUGGGUGCCCAGAAUACUGUAUGUUCCUUCUCUUAAAUAGUAGUUAUUGUACUGUAUCCGUUUUCUUACUAGGGCCUUGUCUUUCUCAUAAUCUAUGGUCAUGGAUAUUAUGAGAUGGUGAAAUUAACUUUUUUAUAGGGGUGCUCUUGAGUUCUUGGCUGGCCUUCUUAGUGUCCUUUCCUGACAUCCCUGCUCCCAUCUCCAAUGAGUGGACACACCCAGAUAAUGUAAAACAUUUCUUUAAAAACAAUCAGCAGAACAUAAUAAAAUCCACUGAAUGACAAACCCAUUAUCCCUUUGCGAAGAAAAUGCAUUUUUCAAGAAAAAUUUCAAUUGAAGUUUAAUUUAACCUAGUAAAAAUGAAUAGCAUUACUUAAAAGCAUUUUCACAGUUUAGGAACAAUGGUUUCUACCCACAGUAUGUGUUUGAUGGGAAAUAAUAGUAGCCAUGAGCUGUACAUGGUAUUCAAAGUUGUUAAAAAAUAGUUAUGGUAAAUGCUUAGUCUGUAUUUGUCAAAGGGGUAAUCAAGGGGAAAUCAAUUCUGAGGUGAAAAACUGUCACUUAACUGUAUAAAUUUCUGUUCUGAAGAGUAUGCAAGUGUUUUGACACCAAAAAAUAUGGGAUUUACUUUGUUUCAUAACAAUUUUGUUUAAGUGUACUUAUGUUAUAUAUGUAUAGAAAAUGGAUUACUAUAUAGUAAUGAUGAUAAUGGUAUGGUUGUUUUAUUUGGUUUUGGUGUUGUUUUUUUCCUGAAGCGGAAAGGGAGAUCCCUUUCAAAACAGUAAUCAUCAUGUGUGUGAAAGGACAUAUGACACUAUUGUCUUAAGCAAUUACUACCAGAAUGUCAAACAGGUUGAUCUAAUGUCUUUUUCAUACUUUUGUCCCUCAUUUAUUUAGUUCUAUGUGGAAUAUUUUUCACAGUUAUUAAUUGGAUAACAAAAAAAGGAAAGUUGGUUGCCAAAGAAAUUCAAUAGAAAAUAAUAUAUCUGUCUUGUUUAGUGGAAGCUGUGCGAUAUUGGUGGAGAUUACUUAAGAUUUUGACAACACAAUUAAAAAAAAGUUACAUGAAGUCAUUUGUGUGCAUCUGGAUAUAUUUCUUUGUCAUUUGGAUCAAGCUUGAUC